AUGGCUACCAAGGGAACCAUCCUCGUCACCGGCGACAACGGCAGUCUGGGCAGUGCCCUGGUCGUGAGACGGGUCUCCACUGGCGAGAUCCCGCCCAUCCGUGCCCUCAUUCUGAAUGCCGCCUUCCAGGACUUUGGCAACCAGUCGUGGACCGACGAUGGCUUCGACACCGUCUUUGCCUCCAACUAUCUCGGCCACUGGCUUCUGACGCUCCUGUUGCUGGGGAGCAUGGACAUGGAGUCCGGCCGGAUAGUCGUACUUGGGAGUCAGAGCCAUGACACCAAAGACACCCGAAACGAAGUCACCCACGCCUUCGACGACCCAAAAUACAAGACCGUCCUCCCCGAUAGCGACGACGACGCCGCCGCCGCCGAGGGCUUCAACGCCAUCGCCAGGGGCCAGUGGAGCCCCGCGGCCGAGGACGCCACCUUCGCCGGCGGGUACCGCCGGUACGGGGCCUCAAAGCUGUUCCUGCUGAUGAUGCAGCACGAGCUGCAGGCGCGGCUGCUCAGGUCGGACAGCACCAGCCGCAUCUGCGUCCUCGGCAUCAUCUUCCCCAUCAUCCUGUUCUUCAGCCCGGGCGGCGACACGGUCCGGUCCCCCGCGCGCUCGGCGGGCGACGUGCUCGAGGCCGCGCUUGGGUACCCUGCCGUGGGCGGCCGGGGGGAGGCGGACGGCCUGCCCCGGGACCUGUACCUUGACGGGCGGAGGCCGUGUGGGACCUCGGAGGAGGCGAGGGAUGCCGGGAAGAGGGCUCUGGUCUGGAGGGAGAGCGUCCGGCUGGCUGGGCUGCGGGAGGGGGAGACUGUGCUUGGGGAUUGGCGGUAG